CGGACGCCUGCGCAGUGCAGAGGGCGGUGCGCGCGCAGAGGGACUGCCGGCGUUCCCUCGGAGUGAGUCGGAGCGUGUUCGCUGCUGCUCGCCCGGGCCGGCCGCAGCAUGGCGGAGCAGGAGCUCGAGGCGCUGAGGAAGCAGAGGCUGGCCGAGCUGCAGGCGAAGCACGGGGAUCCUGGCGAUGCAGCACAACAGGAAGCGAAGCACAGGGAAGCAGAAAUGAGAAACAGUAUCUUAGCCCAAGUUCUGGAUCAGUCAGCCCGGGCUCGGUUAAGUAACUUAGCACUUGUAAAGCCUGAGAAAACUAAAGCAGUAGAGAAUUACCUUAUACAGAUGGCACGGUAUGGACAACUAAGUGGGAAGGUAUCAGAACAAGGUUUAAUAGAAAUCCUCGAAAAAGUAAGCCAACAAACAGAAAAGAAAACAACAGUUAAAUUCAACAGAAGAAAAGUAAUGGACUCUGAUGAAGAUGACGAUUAUUGAAUUUGUCUAGAGACUGACUGGAACUUAACUAAGUUCCAGUAUUAUCUAGGAGAUAAUACUUGGCAGAAGUUAAGAUCUGGUGGUGUGUUUACUUUGUUUAUUGUCUAUAUACCUUUUAAAAAUAAACUUGUUAUGCAAAAUAGAAAAA